AUGGAGGCCAGCCUCGUGGCAGAUGCGGAAGCCGCCAUGCUCUGGGAACAUUCACUGACUCCCAGUCGCGCCAUGAAAUUAUAUUCCAAGGCUGUUUUCUACGGCGCCUUUGUGUCUCUCACGCUCGUCAUGGAAGGCUUUGACACGAAAAUCCUCGGUUCGCUCUAUGCAGUGCCCGCUUUCCGGGAAGCGUAUGGUGAGCAACUACCUGACGGGUCCUAUCAGAUCUCUGCGCCUUGGCAGAGCGGACUAGGCUCCAUUAUGGGUGUCACCAAUAUCAUAGGCAUGUUUUUGGGCGGAUGGGCUACUGAGAGAUUUGGCUUUCGGAUCACCAUGAUGACUACUCUGACCUCAAUGCCGCCCAUCAUCUUCGGCUUUUUCUUUGCCCCCAGCCUCACGGUCUUGGCUGUUACUAUUUUUCUUUUCGCCAUUCCCCUCGGCAUAUUCCAAACUGUAACUACCGUUUACGUUACCGAGAUCAUGCCUAACGCACUUCGCCCUUACUUGACUAGUUGCUAUUCACUGACUUGGGCUCUUGGUCAACUUCUCAAUGCGGUUGUCUUCCGUGGUACCCUGACUCUUCCUAGCCCAUGGACAUACCGAGUCCCCUUUGCUCUCCAGUGGUUCUGGCCGAUCCUGAUCAUUGGUGGUGUCUAUGCAGCACCAGAGUCGCCUUGGUGGCUGGUACGCCAGGGCCGUCUCGAAGAUGCCCAAGCUGCUGUUUCCAGAUUGACCUCUGAGGAACUCGAUAUUUAUACUCAGAAACUCAUCUCGUUGAUGGUUUACACCACAGAGCACGAGCGACAGGUUGAAUCUGGAACGAGUUAUCUUGCCUGUUUUAAAGGGACCAAUCUCCGUCGAACAAUCAUCGUCAUCGGAGUUUAUCUUAUGCAGCUGCUGACCGGCUCUCAAUUUCGAGGUUAUAUGACAUAUUUCUUUCUUCAGGCUGGCCUACCCACCGAUCAGUCAUUCAAUAUGACAAUCGUUGCAUUGGUGCUCUCAGUUCUUGGAGUCCUCGGCGCGUGGAUUGUGAUGACCUACACAGGCAGGAGAACAAUGUAUCUCUGGGGCGGCGCCUUGACAAUUGCUAUCUUUACAGCCAUCGGCGGUAUGGGGGUCAAGCUACACAUCUCGUCAUCUUCAGCAAUGGCCUGGGCCAUCGGAUCUCUUAUCGCGGUUGAUGGAUUCGUGGCCAAUCUCUUGGUCUUACCAGUGACCUUCGUGCUGGUAUCUGAAAUCCCUUCUUCGCUGCUCAGGAGCAAGUCAGUUGUCAUUGCGCGGAACUUCUACUCAGCCAUCAAUAUUCUCGCCGGCGUUAUGACUCCCUAUAUGCUAAACCCUACUGCAUGGAACUGGGGUGCUCUUGCUGGUUUCUUCUGGGCUGGAGCUUCUAUCAUCGGGUUUGUGUUUACCUUCUUCAUGGUCCCCGAAUCUAAGGGCAGGACUACUGCUGAGAUGGACAUUCUGUUUGAGCAAAAAGUUCAUACUCGACGGUUUAAGGAAGCUGAGGUUUCAUUUACACAUAUAGAAGACAGUAAAUAA